AUGGCACCUCCGGGGGGCUAUGCCGCGGGCACGCUGACCAUGGCCGCGCUGCUGACGGCCCUCACCUCGUCUCAGGGCCUGCUGACCACCGCCAGUAAAACUGGCGGGUCCUACGCCUACAACUUCGCCACAGUGCCAUUCCUGGCCGAGGCCCUGAAACUAGGCAUCAGCUACAACCUCCUGCGGCGCCAGCGCAAGGAGGACCCCAAGGCCGCCCAGUGCACCACCAACCCGCGCACCGUCGCCCUGUUCCUGGUGCCCUCCAUCAUCUACAUGCUGCACAACAACGUGCAGUUCUACCUGCUGCGGUAUGUGGACCCAGCCACCUACCAGAUCCUGGGCAACCUGAAGAUCGUCACCACGGGCAUCCUCUUCCGCAUCUGCCUGCGGCGCCAACUCAGCCUGCUGCAGUGGAUCGCGCUCUGCCUGCUGGCCAUCGGGGCCACCACCAGCCAGAUCAACACGGACUGCAGCCAGGGCAGCACCAAGUCCCUCAUGUCGGCGCCCCUCGCGGGCUAUGCCUUUGGCGCGCUGAGCGCCACGCUCUCCGCCGUGGCGGCCGUGUACACGGAGUGGGUGAUGAAGCACAACAGCGACAGCCUGUACUGGCAGAACAUGCAGCUCUACGGCUUUGGCGUGGUGUUCAACGGCCUGGCUCUGGUGCUCGGCAGCGGCGGCUCGGGCUCGGGCGGGGCCGCCCUCGCCGACCUCCUGCACGGCUACACCCCCGUCACCUGGCUGGUGGUUGCCAACCUGGCCUUCAGCGGCCUCCUUGUGUAUGCCACCUCCCUGGCCAUGCUGCUCACCACCGGCGUGUCCAUCGCCUUCUUCGGCCUGGACCCCAGCCUGCAGCUGGGGCUGGGCCUGGCGGUGGCCUGCGUCUCCGUCGUCCUCUACUACGUCAGCCCGGAGAAGCUGGCGCUGCCGCCGGGCGGGAGCGUCGCCAGCAGGGCGCUGCUGCCCAAGUGA